UUUCCCCCAUCCCCACGUUAACAGUUGUGUGCCUUCUGCUUGACGAAUGAAAAAUUUGCCAUAAAACUCCAAACAAUCUUCCUGAUGUAAUAUAUUGUCGGAAAUCGGCGGGAAGACAGCAUUCACGACGUCGGGCUGGUCGCACUUUCGCUUUUAUUUCGGACGCGGAUUGUCGAGGCACGGGAAUCCAAUCAGAAUGUCAGCCAGCGCAGUAAUUCGCUCCCCCGCGCAGCGUCGCCGCACCCUUCCCACUCCCCCUCCCCCUCCCCCUCCCCAUCCCUUCGACACCCAGCCCCCGCUUAUCCGGCAGCAACAACAACGGGGGCAGCAACGACAACAACCACCAGCACAGCAAUCGAUGCUUAUUGAGGACGAGGUUCAUGGUGUAAUUGAACUGCCCAGCCAUAUCCAGGAGAUCGUGGAGCAUCCUCUCUUUCAGCGGCUUAAAAAGGUCCACCAAUUGGGUCUCAUACCAUGGUCCCUCAAGAAGAAGGCCAAUCACAAACGAUUCGAUCAUUGUCUUGGGGCCUACAAAAGUGCGCAGGAUCAUCUAAGGGCCAUCCAACGUAACUCGCACUAUGAACCAAAACUUCCGGAUUGGUGUCGUCAGGCGGUGGAGAUAGCCGCCCUACUUCACGAUAUUGGUCAUGGACCGAUGUCACAUGCUUGGGAGCUUGCGAGCCAUCAUAGGUUUGAUCACGAGGAAAACGCAUUGGCCUGUGUGGAUCUUAUUUUUAAGGAUGCCGUUAGUCAGGAGCUGGUCUCUUUGAGAGACGAUGGUGGCGGGCGAGGAGUGCAGUUGGUAAAGGCUUUGAUUCUGGGAUGCAGCGACUCUCUUUCGUUUCCCAUGAUGGGCCAUACAUAUAUCUUUGAUAUUGUUCAUAAUCGUCGCUGCGGAUUGGAUGUAGAUAAAUGGGAUUAUCUGCGCCGUGAUAACAAUCGCUUGAAAGUCCUCAACUCAGCAGAAAUGGAUUUUGAUGAAGUCUUUCUUCAGGCCCGCAUAUCGUCCGAUGGACAACGCAUAGAGUAUCGUUAUCAGGACUAUCAUCGUAUAUAUCGCUUGUUCGAGGCUAGAUCGCGGCUCCAUGUGGCUGCUUAUCAAUGCCCCCUUACAUGUGCCAUGGAUAGUAUAUUUGCUAGUGCAGUACAGCGUUUGGCUCCUGAACUAUUGAACAUUCGAUCGGAAGACCCAGAAUGGCUAAAACUUCACGAUGAUCAUGUGUUACAUUUAAUUGGCAGGGAUCCCAUAUCGACAUAUAUAAAAAAUCCCCAGCGGAUUGUAGAAGUAUCUGGCACUGAUUCUUCCGCAUUGAAUAUCAUACGGGUGCACAGAGAAAUACCCGGACCUUGGGAGGCUAUGAAAUCAGAAGAGGCUUUCGCUUUGUUUGGCAAUAAGCGCAAAAAGCGUUCAGUUAAUCGAUGCGCGAACCCGACAGUAAUAAACAAGUGCUAUAACUUAGAGUAAAAACCUCAAGCAGACAAUUUCCAGUUCAUAGAAUAGUUCACUUAAAAACCAAUCACGCCCACCAAUCGUACGUUCUUGUUUUUCUCAUAAUUUGCUAUCUAUAUUUAAACAGAUUAAUUUCAUGACAUUAUAUAAUUACUCGAAAGGUUGUUUUCGUUUGUUACCCAUUCUCGUUGAUUUUAUCAGGUUUUUUUUUGUUAUUAAUAUUUUGUGUGUUCCGUUUCGUAGUUAAAAUAGUAAAAGCAGUACAACAGCUAAGUGUUCUUAAAAAAUAUUUAUUAGUUUAUACAUUGUAUUAUCAUAAUCGUCUUAAAACUAAAAUACUAAAACAAAAAUUUCAACAGUUCACUUGAAGACAUCACAAUUCAAAUUCAGGUCUUUCUAAUAUAAGGUACUUACUAAUCAAUAUAAAUAUAAGAUGGAUUUGUCAUAUUUUUGAUAACCAUUUUGAAAUAUACACAAGAAAAAACAAUAA